AUGGAAGACUUGAAGGAACAGUUUCCUGCUUACAACUCGGUGCUGCGACAAUCGAACGGACAGCAGAGACCGUACCACAGCACCGGCCUUCCGGACUGUCCACCCAACGGGGCGGGCAUACCGGGCAUGGUAAUGAUUGGGCGCAAGAGUGGUCCAGCUGUGCCGCCGAAACCGCGCAAAAAUGGCCAACAGCAAGUUCCGCCGCAGGUCCCGAAAAGCUCCAACGUGAAGCAAUACUGUGAACCAUCGUUCUCUACCGUUCUCGAAGGCCAAUCCACCAACCUUGAUGAGCAUGCAUAUACAAACGUUACGAACGCAGCGAAUGGUGCGGCGACCACUGCCCGGACUGGUAAGCUUGUUGCCCGUAAGGUUACCCUUGAUGAUGCCCUCGAGCUACAGCACGUCAAAGAAGCGCUGGAACAUCACAAACGUACGCUGGAAGCAAACCGCUCAAAGUCACUCCAGGGCCAAGGUCCGGAGCAUGGAAACACGGUGUACGAAAAUACACAACCAGCAUCGUACGCAGGUAGUUACGCAUCGGAAGCAACGUACUCGAAUCUUCCCGGAGCACCACAUCCCGGCCAACAGGGAGGGAAGAACAACGAAGGACUGAUCUAUAGCAACAUAAUGCACAACACAAACCCAUCGAAACCGUUUCCUCAGCGACAAAUAUCGGAGGAAUUGCCACCACCGCCACCACAGGAUAUGCCGCUGCAGCUGACCCUGACUGCACUGAACUUGGAGGAUAAUGAUGAUGAGUUCCCGCCACCUCCGAGUCCUGUCAGUUCAUCGUACAGUGAGCUAAGGCGAGCUACCGAUCUGCCGCACAUGGGCCGUCAAUCGCAACCGACCUACACGCUGGUGGGUCCCGGUGCAGUGGGUGUUGGUGCACCGGGAGGCCAAACGUACAGUAAUAUGGCUCCGGGAAGUCAGAUUUACGCCAACAAUAUGCACCAUCAGUCACUGUACGGUACGUACGGCAUGAGUUCGCAGGGUUCGACCACUUACGAAUCGAUCUACGAACCGAUCAAUCCACGCCCGCCGAGUCAGAUGUCGGGUCGAUCGAACUACUCGCUGUACGCACCGUACGUCAACUCGCACGGUAUCAACAGCCCGAACGAUAGCAUCAUAACGAGCGCCUCCCAGCAACAACACCGUGGCCAUGGCGGUAACACGAUGUCCAAGGGAGCCGAAGUGGACACGCUCACCGAUCUGCUGGUGCAAUCGAUCCAGGACCAGGAGUCGUUCGGCACGUGCGUAAAGUGCGGUGAGCGUGUCGUCGGUGAAAAGACGGGCUGUACCGCGAUGGACAAGAUCUAUCACAUCACGUGCUUCACGUGUCACCAGUGUCAGAUCAAUUUGCAGGGCAAACCUUUCUACGGGCUGGAUGGGAAACCGUACUGCAAGGAGGACUAUCUGAACACGCUAGAAAAGUGUUCCGUCUGCUUGAAACCGAUACUGGAGCGUAUACUGCGCGCCACGGGCAAACCGUACCAUCCGCAAUGCUUCACGUGCAUCGUCUGCGGUAAAUCGCUCGACGGCAUCCCGUUCACGGUGGAUGCCACCAACCAGAUACACUGUAUCGAUGAUUUCCACAAAAAGUUUGCGCCCCGUUGCUGUGUCUGCAAGCUGCCGAUCAUGCCCGGUCCGGGCGAGGACGAAACGGUACGGGUGGUGGCGCUUGAUCGCAGCUUCCACAUUAACUGCUACAAAUGCGAGGACUGUGGGUUGGUGCUCUCGUCCGAGGCGGAAGGCCGCGGUUGCUAUCCACUGGACGAUCACAUACUCUGCAAGAGCUGUAACGCCAAACGGGUGCAAACCCUCACCAGCCAUAUGACGACCGAGCUGUAGAACAGAUU